AGUUGUUGAAUAGUAAAUGUCGAGAAAGUACUACGAACGUCUUGUCACUUCAAGUGGAGUCACUUCUAAGAAGUUCGAGUCAAUUCUCGGUGCCAAAAUCCUUGGCAAAUUCGGCUGGAAGACCGGUGACGGCCUCGGCGCGGAUGGUCAGGGUAUGACCGACUGCUUACAGGUCAAACGCCGUGAAGAAAACGAAGGGUUGGGUCGCGAACUCGAGAAGAAGGAGUCAUCAGAAUGGGAGAACUGGUGGGCAGACAGCUACAACGCCAUUGCUAGGAAACUCGCCAAAUCAGUGGCAACUACAAGCAGUGGCAGCGACGAGUCUUCGGAUGACUCCUCUGAUGAUGACGGGGGAGGACGGACGACGGCUAUCAAACGCGCCGAUAUGCAAAAGGGAAAACUUCGUCGGAUAAUGCGGCAAGAACGGGAGGCUACGACUAAGAAAAGUGAGAAGGAGAAUUCUGAAGAGGAGGAAGAGAAAAAGCAAAAGUCGAAGAAGCAUCAUAAGGAGAGCCGUAAGCAUAAGAGAGUCGUGGCUGAGGAGGAGGAGGAGGAGGCACCUAAGAAGAAGCAUAAGAAAAGCAAAAAGUCGAAGCGGUCGGCUGAGGAGUGAUUGACCACGAGCCUUCAGUGUAAAUAGCAUGUUGGACGCCGUUGAUGACGACUUCAGCAUUUUUCCUCGCCGCGAUUCCGCGAAGGAGCGGUAUGAUGGUAUUUUCUCGUAUUUCUCUGGACUCCAUUAUCUGCCUGCUACUGUACGUAUUACUCGACAACAUCGCCAUCUCAACAGAUUGAGAUU